AUGACAAAUCCAACAUAUUCGAAGAGAGCCGGAUCUGUGAGAAGACCAUUUGACAAGCAAAGACUCAUCAACGAAAUGAAGUACGUAGGAGUAUACGGACUGAAGUCAAAAAGAGAGCUGAGAGUCCUUGAAAAGAUAUUCCACGACGUAAAGAGAAGAGCAAAGGAUCUUCUUAUCCACACGAACGAAGAGUACCAAAUCGUGCAAGGAAGAGCGCUGCUCCACAGACUAGAGAAGCAGGGAAUCAUCAGCGGAAUAAACUACCAGUCAAAGAAACACAUCAUAAUGGAGCUUGAGAAAGUUCUUGACCUAGACAUCACCACCCUUCUGGACAGAAGGCUACAGACCAAAGUCCUUUCCCUUGGGCUUGCAAAGAGCAUCCACCAUGCUCGUGUUCUUAUCUACCAGAGACACAUCACUGUCAACGGCGCCAUUGUGGACAAGCCUGGAUUCCUGGUCAACGCCGAGAGCGAUGGAUACAUUGAAAUCUCGCCAAACUCUGCACUCAUGACUGGAAAGCCCGGAAGAACUGCCAAGAAAAGCGUAAAGGCAUCAGCCGAAUAA